UUACUAGGAAAUUACACAGAUUUUCAAGAAAUUCUGAACGAAAGCGUUUUCGGCUGCAAGCACGCCCCUCUGUCUUGUUGCAGGUGUGACAGAUCCGCAUGGCCUGCCGUCGCAGCCAACACCUGCAGCAGCCCGGCGUCCAGCAGCAGCAGCAGCCACAGCAACGGCAGCGGCGCAGAAGUCACCAUGGUGAAGACGUUCCAGGCCUACUUGCCGCAAUGCCAUCGGACCUAUUCUUGCAUCCACUGUCGAGCGCAUCUCGCCAAUCACGACGAGCUCAUUUCCAAGUCAUUCCAAGGCAGCCAGGGACGAGCAUACUUAUUUAACUCAGUUGUAAAUGUAGGGUGCGGUCCUGCCGAAGAAAGGGUUCUUUUGACUGGGCUACAUGCUGUCGCCGACAUUUAUUGCGAAUGUUGUAAAACCACCCUUGGUUGGAAAUAUGAACACGCCUUUGAAUCCAGUCAGAAAUACAAAGAAGGCAAAUUCAUCAUCGAGUUAGCGCAUAUGAUCAAGGAGAAUGGCUGGGACUGACCAUAUUGAUAAACAGAAGCCGUAAACCCAUUCAAAAUGUUCGUCAAAUUGCUCAGAAAUGAAGAAGCAAGCCAUGGAAUCGUUAGAAAUAAAAACUUUUGUUUCCUCGAUUGGACCUAAAAAGUGUUGUGAACCUACAAUAGCAACACAUGGAUCGAAAAAAUGGUGGUAUAAUUUAGGAUCGGUAUAGACGUCGAAACUUAUUAUGGAUGUUGUGACUAUCUUGAUUGUUGUCGAGGCUUGAUAGUAAAGGCACUUUUUCCUCACCCGUUCCUCCAUUUUAGGGAACAUGAAUAGGUAUGUGCAAUCUUCUAACCCAAUCUGGAAAAUCGAAGCUCUUCACAACACAAAGCGUACUGUGUUAGAAACCAAACUGUGUCUGUGUUACUGGAUCUGAGAUAAAAAAAAAUAUGUUAGAGGGACUUUGGAACUGCCGUGCCACCGACCGGUGUGCAUAUUCAUAAAUGUUACCGACACAAAACGACAGUCGGAUUUCCGAGCGGAGCCGAACACGUAAUAAUAAGUUACCGACGUAAUUUUCAGUUUAUGUCUGUAACUUAACGGUUGAAAACGAGCCUGUAGCUGUCUGCUGGCAGUGGGAGAGAUGCAGUUUUUUCGUCAUAGAAACGUUUUUGAGUGAGGCCGUGCAACAGUGAGCUAAGCGCCCGUCUGCCACAACAACUCGAGUUCAGUCCUCACGAGAUUUUUUUUUUUUAUUAAAAAAUCUCAAGAAGUUUUCCGUUAGAC